AUGGGAACUGCGGUGUCCAAAAGGAAGAAUGUGAGGAGCGACGCCAUUUGUUCCGUAGCAGCAAAAGUUCGAGCAGCCAGAGCCAUCAGUGAUUACCUGUCAACCGCAGACACCGACCCCCAAAACGGAGCAGAUCACCUUCUGUCUGACACCUGCAUCGUCCCAGAUUGUGAUUCUCCGUUGAUCAGCCGCUUUCAGAACAACAACCUGCCCUCUGAGAACCACUGUCCACCCAAGCCCAGCCGGGGCACCCCAGCCUGCACCCAUCCCAGCCGGAGCACCCCAGUCUACACCCAUCCCAGCCAGGCUCCUGUGGUUCCUGUAGCUCCUGUGGCUCCCGUGGGUCCCUCUAAGCGCAGGCUGUCCGGGGGGGACCGCAGCGUUUCGUCGGAGGAGCGGAUAGGAGCGAACAGUUCAAGAGAAAAGCCAUCUCGUGUCUACACCAUCACCUGCCAAAGCAGCAUGACUCUGGGGGCGCGGGGCAGCGAGGAGAGCCUGGAGCUGGACGCGCUGAAGGCGUCCCGCGAGCAGGCUCUGGCUCAGGCGCCCCUGUCCUCAACCCCGUCCUGUGUCAGCCAGCCUCCGCGCACUACCACCAGCCACCACCGGAGCAGUCACCACCGCAGCAGCCAGCCCUCUGGGACCCAGCCUCAGAGCGCAGCGGUGGGGCCUCUGAAGAGCUCGGGCAGCGCAGCCAACAUCCGGGACUGGGGGCUCCGCAGAAGGGCAUCGCGGGAGGAUUACAGCCCCGACUGCGUUUCCUGCAUCCGGGCCCCAUGUCAGAGCCAGCGCUCCCUGGACCUGGACCUGCCGUCGCGGGAAGGGGGCAAGCCACGCAAGAAGUUGGAGAGGAUGUACAGUGAGGACAGAGCGUUGUCGGAAGAUAGGGAGGAUGGUCCUAAUAGCUGGUUUCCCAAAGAGAACAUGUUCAGUUUCCAGACGGCCACCACCACCAUGCAGGCGGCUUUCCGAGGCAUUGCCGAGAGAAAGAGGAGGAAAAGGGAAGAAGCAGCCACCGCGAUGGAGAGGAAUUUCCGUAAACACCUUCGGAUGGUGGGCAGCCGCAGAGUCAAAGUCCAGACCUUCGUGGACCGCCGAGCCAAGAGCUUCAGCCGCUCCUGGAGUGACCCCACCCCUGUCAAGCCCGAGUCCUUGCAUGACUCCAGAGACAGUGCAGACUUGCCCACCUCCACGGGGGCCCUGGAUGAAGACCUGGGGAAGGACGCUGACUGGGAGGAGGAGCGGGAGCAGGAGAGGAGCGCCUGUCAGGGAGACGACUUCAUACCUCCCAAAAUCAUGCUCAUUUCAUCCAAAGUCCCUAAGGCGGAAUAUGUUCCCAACAUCAUCCGGAGAGACGACCCAUCCAUCAUCCCUAUCCUCUAUGACCACGAACACGCCACGUUUGACGACAUCCUCGAGGAGAUAGAGAAGAAGCUCACUGCCUACAGAAAGGGUUGUCGUAUAUGGAACAUGCUCAUCUUCUGCCAGGGUGGACCAGGACAUCUCUACCUGCUGAAAAAUAAAGUAGCCACAUUUGCCAAAGUGGAGAAGGAGGACGAUAUGAUCCAGUUUUGGCGGAGGUUGAGCCGACUGAUGAGCAAACUGAACCCGGAGCCAAACGUCAUACAUGUGAUGGGGUGUUACGUUCUGGGCAGCGCCAACGGGGAGAAGCUCAUCCAGACGCUGAAGAGGCUGAUGAGACCAUCAGCUGUUGAGUUCAAGUCCCCACUGGAGCUGUCUGCGCAGGGUAAAGAGAUGAUUGAGACCUACUUUGACUUCCGUCUUUUCCGACUGUGGAAGAACCGUCAGCACUCCAAACUCCUGGACUAUGACGACCUGUUGUGA